AGCUUGUGCUCGCAGUCAGUCGGCUCUCUGUAGAUGACCGGGUCGCCAUUUUGAAAACCAAAUCGUUUACACAGCACACCCGCCCAGAAUACUGGAACUAUGCCGCGGGGCCGGCCUCGCAAACUGAGAGUCAAAAGCAGCGAUGAGACAGAUGCAGAUUCCAGUGGCAACAGGGACGAAAGCCUCGCCGAUGGGGAAUUUAAGGAAAAGAAGUGCACAAUGUGCACCCAGACCUUCACAACUGAGAGCCAGCUGCAAAAGCAUCUGCGUGAACAUGAGAGCAAUGACAAGCCUCAUCGAUGCGACCAAUGCUCUCAGACGUUCAACGUUGAAUUCAACCUCACUCUCCACAAGUCCACGCACACAACCUCAGACUUCACCUGCCCUGUCUGUCGUAAAAAGUUUUCACGCAUUGCCAGUCUCAAAUCCCACAUCAUGCUGCAUGAGAAAGAGGAGAAUUUAAUCUGUGGAGAGUGCGGGGAUGAGUUCGUUCUGCAGAGCCAGCUGUCUCUCCACAUGGAGGAGCACAGGAAGGAGUUGUCGGGAAUUAAAGUCUACACCUGCAAGACGUGUGACAAGGAGCUGAAGACAGCGGCCCACCUCAAGGAGCACAUGAGGAGUCAUGUAAAAAUGAGACCACUCACCUGCAGUUCCAGAAACUACAAGAAGAACAUAGAUCGUAGUGGAUUUACGAACAGUUGCCAUCACUGUGGGAAGUCGUUUAAGAAGCCCAGCCAGUUGGUUCGACACAUACGAAUUCACACAGGUGAGAGGCCCUACAAAUGCUCUCAUUGCGGAAAGGCGUUCAACCAGAAGGUGGUGCUGCAGACUCACAUGGCGAGACAUACAGGGGAGAAGCCUCAUCUCUGCAUGUUCUGCCCAGCAUCCUUUUCCCAGAAAGGAAAUCUUCACGCCCAUGUACAAAGGGUUCAUUCCGAGGUUAAAGGAGUGCCAUUGUUUCCUUGCUUGGACUGCAGCUGCGUUUUUAAGAAGUUGGGAAGCCUAAACGCACACAUCAGCAAGAUGCACAUCUCUGUCAUUGAGGUGCCCUCUGGUACUUCGGAGACGGAGGUGUCAGGUCAAGCCCCAGGGGAGUCGGAGGGCGGCGAGGCAGUAACUGAUGUCAUCCAGCAGCUUCUUGAGCUCUCUGAACAAGUGAGUGGGGAGACAGUACAACCUCAAGCUCCAGAACCAGCCAUCACCAUGGAAACUGCCAUCAACCACGACAUCCUACAGCAAGCCUUGGAGAACAGUGGCCUGAGUGUGGUCCAGCCACAGACAACUCCAUCCACAGAGUCUCCCACUCAGCCUGCUGAAGGCACCGUGACUGAAAUCAAGAAGGCUCACAUUCCGGUCAAAAUGGUCAGGGAGAGGAAAAGAAGCUUUUUCAAGAAACCUAUACAAAUGCCUGGCUCCAUCAGGGAGGAAAAUGGCAUCCGCUGGCAUGGCUGCCCAUACUGCUCAAAGGAGUUCAAGAAACCCAGCGACCUUGUGCGCCAUAUACGCAUCCAUACCCAUGAGAAACCCUACAAGUGCAAACAGUGCUUCCGGGCUUUCGCCGUCAAGAGCACCCUGACGGCACAUAUGAAAACACACACUGGCAUCAAGGCGUAUGAGUGUCAGUGCUGUCUAAAGUGUUUCUCCACUUCUGGCAGCAUGAAGGUGCACAUGCGACUCCACACAGGCGUUCGCCCUUUCCCCUGCCCACACUGCGACAAAAUCUUCCGUACUUCAGGACACAGAAAAACUCACAUUGCGUCCCACUUCAAAAGCAUGCAGCAGAAAAAGCACAAGUUUUCGCGAAAGAGCUGCAAAUCCAAAGUGUCGAAGAGUAACCUGCCAUUGCCUGAUAUUCCUCUGCAGGAGCCCAUUCUCAUCAGUGACUUUGGCUUCAUCCCGUCUCAGAAUCCCCGUCUGGCCUUCCAGCAGUAUCUGGAGGUGGUGGGAAGCGAGCGACCGUACAAGUGUCAAUACUGUAAUAAGGCCUAUAAGAAAUCCAGCCAUCUGAAGCAGCACGUCAGAUCACACACGGGAGAAAGACCCUAUAAGUGUCUGCAGUGUAGUAGAGGGUUUGCCUCCGCUGGAGUGCUCAAAGCUCACAUUAGGACACAUUCUGGCCUGAAAGCGUAUAAGUGCCUCAUGUGUGACACAACGUUCACCACCAGUGGGAGUUUGAGACGCCACAUGACCACCCAUAGUGACCUCCGACCUUACAUGUGCCCUUACUGCCAGAAAACCUUCAAGUCAUCACCAAACUGCAGGAAGCACAUGAAGACGCACAGGUAUGAACUGGCCCAGCAGCUGCAGCCAACUGAAGACCACCUCGGAUCAACCAUGGUAGGCCAUAACAUGGCAGUGGGAAUGGAGGGAGACUCUCUGCAGCCGCCAUCCGCCACCACGGCCGAGCAGGAAAGCAUGCUUGGGCUGGGCCAGACAGAAGUGGUGAACGGAAGCCAGCCUGUGACCUUAGAGACGCCGCUGACCGAUCAGCCACUCGUUCAAUCAGAUGACUCCUACGUCAACAGCCAACAUCCUCUGCCACAGAAUAUAAGCCAGUUCGAGGCUCCAUCACUCCCACCUCCUUCUUUUGACCAGCAGGCUCUUACACAAGGCUUCACAAUACCUGAGACAAGCUACAAUCAAAGUCAGUUCUCCAAUGUCCAGCAGCUGCAGGACUCGAGCACUUUGGAGUCCCAGGCUCUGUCUUCCAGUUACCACCCUCCUACUCUACUUCACGUUCCCAGCGCUGAAGUGACAAAUGGACUUCUUCAGCAGAGCAGUCAGGAAGAGCUUCAGCUAAAUGCAGAGAGUCAGGACUUCCAGGACGACAGUGAAGACAACAGCAAGAGAGCUUACAGGUGCAACUGGUGUAAUAAAGGAUUCAAGAAGUCCAGCCACUUGAAGCAACACAUCAGAUCCCACACCGGAGAGAAACCGUUCCGGUGCCAGCUGUGCGGACGAGCUUUUGUGUCUGCUGGGGUGUUGAAGUCUCAUCUGAAUACACACACAGGAGUAAAACCUUUCAAGUGCAACGUCUGCGCCGCCUCCUUCACCACCAACGGCAGCCUGAACCGCCACAUGAUCAUCCACAUGAAGUCUUUUAAAUGCUCCAUGUGCGAUGAGAGCUUCAGGACGAGCCUGCUGUGUAAAAAGCAUAUGAAGAAGGAGCAUGCUGUGGAGGAUCAAAGAAAUCUGUUAGUUUUGGAUCUUGAAGGUCAAGAUAUUGAGGACGAGGAGGAGGAUGAAGACAGCGAGCAAAAGUCAUUAAAAAGAAGAGGAUUGGAAAUCAUCACCUUCACUGAAGAGCAGACUGCCGAACUCGCAAAGGAUCCCGGCGAGGAGGCGUCGGUGUCGGAGCGAAUGCUUGCCCAGUCAGCCGCUGAGCGUGAUCGGAUCAGCGAGAUCAAAGACAAAGUUGGGGAGCUGGAAACAGAACCCAAGUUUGCCAACUGCUGCAACUUUUGCCCCAAGAGCUUCAAGAAACCCAGUGACCUCAUCCGGCACAUACGAAUCCACACAGGAGAGAGGCCGUAUAAAUGUGACGAUUGUGGGAAGAGUUUCACUGUGAAGUCCACUCUGGAUUGUCACGUGAAGACACACACAGGUCAAAAGCUGUUCAGCUGCCACAUGUGCAACACCUCCUUCUCAACCAAGGGAAGCUUGAAGGUUCACAUGCGGCUCCACACUGGAUCUAAGCCAUUCAAAUGUCCAUCCUGUGAUCUACGAUUCCGAACGUCCGGGCACCGCAAAACCCACAUCCAGUGCCACUACCGAGCGAACGCUGAAAGCCGGAAGUCUAAGCGGCUAUCGGCGGCCACUGAUCAGCUUGGUCAUGGACCUGACGCAGAGGCGAGCCAGAAUGAGGCACCGGUACUUGGCCAGCAAGGGCCAUCGUCAGAGGCCCUUCAGCCUGUCGGUCUGCUUCAAACACCCACCACUGACUCCAGCAUCUUCCUCCCUGCUAACCAAGUGCUCAGUGGGCAGUUUGACCAGAACCUGCUGCAGCCAGGACUGGUAGGACAAGCCAUCCUGCCGACAUCCAUGUCAGGUGAUCUGACUGUGUCGCUGUCAGACGGUCUGACAACUUUGGAAGGAAUCCACCUCCAGUUAACACCCACCAACCUGGUGUGUCCGAACGUUCAGAUCUCAGGCAUCGACUCUGGCAGCAUAAACAACAUCACGCUCCAGAUUGACCAUGCCCUCCUCCAACAGACAUUACAGAACAGUCUCCUGUCUCAACCACUCAGUGUGGACACUGGUCUGGUCCCCCACCCAACCAGCCAGUUGAUGUCCACUAAUGACCCUUCAGUUUCUGCUAAUGUGGUCAUACAUCCGCUGACAAGUCUGGCACUGCAGCCAUCCACAAUCCCACCAGCUCAGGUCACGAUGGCAGGUCUCUCGGAGCAGGUUGGCACAGGUUCUCAGGACCUAAAUCAUGUCAUGGGCAGCUCUGGCUUAGUGGGCGCCGGCAGCACCGGUCAAGAAAUCACUCUGACUAUCAAUAAUUCCACCCUGACGCAAGCUCUAGCGCAGGUUCAAGCUCAAGCAUCUGCGUCUGGGUCCGGCGGUGCAGCAGGAAACCCUCAGGAGAUCACCCUCACCAUAUCAGGUCAGGACCUGAUCCCUCAGCCGAGCAGCUCCAGCAGUACAAUGAUGAAUGGCAGGCUGCCAUCCCAGCCCACCACUGCGACGCUGACCAUCACCAAUGACCACCUUCUACCUCACAGUCCUGCCAACACGGGGAUGACAGUCAACAGCUUGCAACCCGGCACCACCCUGUCACAUACCGCUGCCUCUCAGAGCCUCGUGAUGUCACCGGGAAGCGUAGCAGGCGACGGCAGCGUCACCUUGACCCUGGCUGAUGCCCAGGGGAUGCUGGAUGGUGUCACCCUCAACCUCAACCCACAGGGUCAGACGUUCCCAGCGGUGCUCAGUGAUUCCAGUCUUCCAGGAGCGACGGGCAGCUCUGGCCAGCAGGUCAUACUGGUCAGCCAUCAUUCCCACCCAGCCAACAGAGCGCCGAACAAUGGAUAUAACAUGACAGAUGGCGGCCAAAAGAGCGAGAAGGGCGACCACUCUGAGACCGACAGCCGGAACCAGUGCUACUACUGUAACCAGACCUUCCAGAACGCCAACAUGCUGCGACGACACUGUCGGCUGGCUCACGGGAAGGACCGCUGUCACGUCUGCAGCGUCUGCAACAAGGCUUUUAAGCGAUCAACGCACCUGAAGGAUCAUGAGCGCGUGCACCAGCCGGGCCCCUCCCCCAGCUCCCAGAAGCCCAGAGUCUUCAGCUGCUCCUGCUGCGGGAAAGCUUUUGCCAAGAGAAGUCAGCUGGAGAGACACAACCUCACUCACACGGGUGAGCGGCCGUUCAAGUGCAGCCAGUGCGACAAAGCCUUCAAUCAGAAGAGCGCCCUGCACGUCCACAUGGUCAAGCACACGGGGAAGAAGCCCUUCAAGUGCGAAGUUUGCAGCAUCCGAUUCACCCAGAAGAGCAACAUGAAGCACCACAUGAAGCGGUCGCACGGCUACGGCCAAGCCCGGACUAUCGUCCAGGGAGAACCCACACAGCAGGAGGAGGUAGCACCUGAACUGGACCUAGAAGUGGCCCGGCAUCUUUUGGAGACAGGCCACAGCGUGUUUUCCUGAAGUGAGCUGGAUCAGCAGCGAUGUCUGGGAGGCCUGGUUCUCCCUGCGAUGGCUGUCACCACAUACCUGGCAUCCCUUCUGAAGAGCGCUGCGGCUGCCUCAAGCAUCAGGUUGUCACGGCAACAGAAGCAGAAAGUUUGUUUCUACUGUAAAUAUUCAGUCUGUUAUGGCUGCAACAUUGUUUUAUAAUGUUGUUAGAUUCUGUUUUCCUUUCUGUGAAUAAUGAGAUAAAAGUCCCAGAGUAUAUAUUUUUCCUGACCCGCCUGCUGCCGGUGUCAGUGCUGAUCUUGAGGUGUGUACAGAAGAGGCUUUUUUGCAGCUUAUUUUCUACUGUACGGAAUA